CAGUCGUUAUCCAAUGAAACGCGGCCUUGUUACAGUGCAGGGUUUUCCCUGAUAAACAUGGCCGUGCUGUGUUCCUGCUGCACGUCGGAAGAAGGUUGAUGAUUUGACCCUUUUAUUCGUUCAAGUGUUGCAAAUAUGCUCAACCUCACUUUGCGAGAGAUUUCCAUGGCACUCAGAGAAGGAAACAUUUCUCCUACUGAGUUGUGUAGGAAGUGUCUGAAUCGGCUCAAGCAAACCAAACAUCUAAAUGCUUACAUCACAAUUACUGAGGAGCAAGCAUUGAAGCAGGCUCAACAAGCAGAGACCAGACUCCUACAAGGUGCUCCUAAAGGCCCUUUGGAUGGAGUUCCGUUUGCAGUCAAAGACAACUUCAGCACAAAGAACAUCAAGACAACAUGCGCUUCAAGGAUGUUGAAAGACUAUAUUCCACCAUACAAUGCAACAGUGGUGCAGAAGCUUUUGGACCAAGGAGCUGUUCUUAUAGGGAAGACCAAUAUGGAUGAGUUUGCUAUGGGUUCAGGCAGUACUGACGGUGCAUUCGGACCAGUGAAGAACCCCUGGAGCUACGCUGCUCCCUACUGUGAGCGGACAGGAGCUGUACCAGACACUGAUUGGGUCAUCACUGGCGGCAGUUCAGGAGGAAGUGCUGCAGCUGUGGCUUCUCUCACCAGCUACCUCGCUUUAGGGUCGGACACAGGGGGUUCCACACGUAAUCCAGGAGCUCUUUGUGGCGUUGUGGCGUUGAAGCCAACCUACGGACUACUGUCUAGACAUGGACUCAUUCCGCUGGUCAACUCCUUUGAUGUUCCAGGCAUUAUGACACGCACUGCCAGUGAUACUGCCUUUGUCCUAUGUAUUCUCCAAGGCCUUGACACACGAGACUCCACAACAGUUUCUCCAGCCUUAUCAUCAACGGAGAUGCUGGAAGAGUUGGAUGUAAAAAACCUCUGCGUUGGCAUUCCAAAGGAGUUUCACGCCCCGGGACUGUCUGAGGAGAUUGUUGCACAGUGGAGUCGUGUCGCUGACAUGUUGGAGAAAGCAGGCGCACGGGUGGAGCAAGUGUCCCUCGCCCACAGCCAGUAUUCCAUUCCGUGUUACCACGUCCUGUGCUGCGCUGAGGUGGCGUCUAACAUGGCCCGUUUUGAUGGCCUACAGUACGGUCACCGUAGCCAAAUAGACCACUCGACUGAGGCCAUGUAUGCUACCACCCGACAUGAGGGCUUCAAUGACGUUGUGAGAGGAAGAAUAUUAUCCGGCAACUACUUCCUUCUCAAACAGAACUAUGAGCACUACUUUGUAAAAGCCCAAAAGGUUCGUCGGCUGAUAGCAAACGACUUCAAGCGCGUGUUUGGCUCAGGUGUCGACGUACUGCUGACACCCACAACUCUCUCGGACGCCACACGCUAUUCUGACUUCAUACAAGAAGACAACCGAACACGCAGCUCACAGGAAGACGUCUUUACAGGGCCCGCAAACAUGGCAGGUCUUCCAGCUGUUUCUUUGCCAACGGCUUUAUCCAGACGAGGGCUUCCCAUUGGUUUGCAGCUCAUAGGCCCUGCCUUCCAAGACAAGAAGCUACUGAGUGUUGCCCAGUGGAUCGAACAGAGAGUUUGCUUUCCCUUCAUCAGUGACUUUGAGGAAUCCAACAGGCAGGGUUCAUGUUACAAUCUUAACCUUGCAGGAGCCCAGAGAUAAAUAAGCUGCUUUAUGUCCAAAUCUACUUUUGCCCCAUAUAUUUGAAAGGACAUAUUUAAGAAGGGUUUAUAAGGACAUCAUGCACUCACAAAAAUGACACCAUUAAUCAUUUUUAUUGUCAUCACCAAGAUCAUUUUAAAAGCCAUCAUUAUACAGGUUUAGAGUCAAAAAUCAUAGUGUGUGUGUGUAUGUAUAUAUAUAUAUAUAUAUAU